CUUGAGACUUACCCGGAAAGAAACAUGAACUUUGAAUGUAUAAUAAUAAAAAUUAUAAUUUCAAAUUAAUUUCGAACGUGAUCAGUCAUGCUUAUAAAAUCACAAUAUUUUCUAAUAGUGUUUUAAAACCGUAUCAAACACUUAUUCAACUCCGUGUUAAAUGCAACAAGCUACGCUUAUCAAACAUAUAGUCACUAAAGUAUUGAUGAAACUAGAUAUUGCUCAUUGACAUUGCCAAUUUGCUCGGUACUUGGUAUAAAAGUCCGCAGUAUUGAAACAUCAAAAUCCUUCGAGUAAAGUACUAAAGGUGAGUGCAUUAAGUUUGCUUGUAAAUUAUGGCAUUGGAAUUGACUAUUCGACAAACAUAUCCACGUUGGGGCGAUUGAAAGUCUAUCGAUUGUUGCUUAAAUGCAGUUUUGCAAAUAUAUUGCUCUUAUGGCAGACCUUUGUUUACUGGAGGUUGUGAUUUGUUGUGAAAUUGUUUAUGUUAAAUCUUGUUAACGCUCAUGACAUGCGGCCGUGCGCCGUUUGUGUCAGUGGGCCACAGGCACAGCAUAACUGUAUUUCCGAUGCGAAGAAGCCACCUAGAAAACAAUUUUCACCAAACAUAAAGAUCAGUAUAGCCAUGCUUUAAAAUUCUGCAUGUUGGCACUCUUUUAAACCUGUGGUUUGCGAGCAAUUAACAUUUGAAUAUGAACAAUUUUCACUUCAAGUCUUCGUGAAUUCAGAAAUCGGUCAUUUCAUCCGCGGAAAUUUGAUGCAAUGUUUUGUUUAAAUGACAUCGGAGGUAAAAAAUUAGUUUGUCUUACUUAAAAGGCGUUUUAAAUAAUCCUGAAAUCAUGUAGCAGACUUUUACAUCAUGCUUCGGACUCGAAAUAUUUUGACUGAAAGUCAUAAGCUGUCCGCCAUCUUGAAUUCAUUCUCAUUAACAUCAGUGCUCAUUAACUAUGGUUUUCGUGACGUCACAAGUGAGGUUGGCUCGUAAACUUUCUUAUCUUGACAGUCGGUGAUUAAUCACCCAAAAAACUGGUGUUAGGUUGUUGUUGAAAAUGUUUUUAUUUCACUAGAAAUUUGAAGCAACAACCUAAAACGAGUUUUUGAAGCAACAACCUAAAACAAGUUAUCUUGCUUAAUUAAAACACUCAUUACUAAUUCAUACGUGUUUUGGCCAAUCAUGUCAACCAUAAUGUGUCACGUACAGCGACUUUAAACCUGAUAAAGUUCCUCCUAACUAGUAUUCUUUAUAUAAAGAUUCAUCCUAACUAGUAUUCUUUAUAUAAAGAUUAAUCCUUUAAUUUAACGAUUGUUUGGAUGACUUUUUCUAAAUGACCGCGUAAGUAGCAUGAUAGCCCCCGUAUAGGGACGGAAGUGAUCUAUCAUAGGGUGCGCACUAAAUGAAUAAUAUCAUAGGGUGUGCACUAAAUGUAUAAUAUCAUAUAGGGUGUGCACUAAAUGUAUAAUAUCAUAGAGUGUGCACUAAAUGUAUAAUAUCAUAGGGUGUGCACUAAAUGUAUAAUAUCAUAGGGUGUGCACUAAAUGUAUAAUAUCAUGGGGUGUGCACUAAAUGUUUAAUAUCAUAGGGUGUGCACUAAAUGUAUAAUAUCAUAGGGUGUGCACUAAAUGUAUAUAUCAUAGGGUGUGCACUAAAUGUAUAAUAUCAUAGGGUGUGCACUGAAUGUAUAAUAUCAUAGAGUGUGCACUACUGUAAAUGUACAAUAUCAUAGGGUGUGCACUAAAUGUAUAAAUGUAUAAUAUCAUAGGGUGUGCACUGACGGUGUGCACAAAACCACGUUGGUCGGAAUACUAAUGACCUUGACGUCAUCCUUGGAAUAUGACGUCAUCCUUGGAAUAUGACGUCAUCUGAAAUUUUCCGGCGUAAAGGGUGCAUAUACUAAGGGCUGUGCACAUGCAUGUAAUGUUUUUAUUACGAACAAAUGAUCGACAUGAAUAUUGUUUUUAAACUGUUAAUAAUCAUACGUAUUGUUUUUUAAAAGUGUCUUAUGCACGUUGAUUUUCGUUCCAGUAAUACAGAUAAACCAAAAUAGGUUGAUACUCAGAAAAAUCUGAGUUGUAUCUUAAACCCUUCUGAUGUUGUUUCAUAAUUUUUCGUCAAGUUCUCAUAAUGUUCUAUCACUGCAGCUUCGUAAUAAUCCAAUUUCUUCACACAAAUAGCUUCGUUAAAGAGUUUCCAGAGUAUUUCCUGUUCGAUUACUUGUUCCAUGGUGUCGAAGCUGUACGUUGUCCAACUUUCUUCAAGUGUUAACAUGAAACAAUCGUGCCUUCUCUUACUUGGGUGAUCCACUUUACAACCACAACACAUUUUUGCGUAUUUUCGCUAUUGGCGUAUUUGCGGAAACAGGUUCAGAGAAUAUAGCAUCCAUGAGGUUACAUAGAUUCUUCACUUCAUAAGAGGUGACUUCGUCCAUUAGUAAACAGAAUGCCCCACGUUCUUCGGAUUGGAAAAACUCGUGUUUAACGUAUUUUGUAAAAGCUCGUUUUGUGUGAAAUGACAGUAUGUGUUUUUUUGAAAUAUAUGCACGUGGGGCUAUGUCCAUAGUGUGCGCACAUGUUUUGAUUGGAUAAAUGCGAUUAUUCAGCGGGUAUAAAUUGAGGGGGCUGAGUGAAGAGUGUUAUUCUGUUUUCAGUUUGCAUUGAGAGAACUUCACUGAUAAUAUGAAUUGUCUAUACGGAAAACCUGCUGCUUAUUCGACAGCAAGCAAUUGGUUCGUUUUGGUUUUGUGGUCAGAAUCCUAGCUGUAAUUUCGUCUGCACGGAAGACGAUGGUUAUUUGUAUGAGAAAGCCAUAACUACUUGGAGAUCGAUGAAUCAGCCUCAUCCUCAAUGCGGUGGACAUCACAAGCUUGAGAAAAUAUGCGUGGUCAAAGAUUUGAUGAAAGUGAAUUAUGGAAGACUGUUCUUUGUGUGUUAAGAAGAGUCGAAGCCGUGUCCCUUCUGGAUGUGGGGUGAUGUGCAGCCAAUAGCGAAACCAAAGCGUCGUCAUGGAUUCCCGUGUGAAAUCCAAAAGGUGAAAAGAGAAGGUCUCAACAAAGAUCGACUGUUCUUCUGUUGUCCGGACGACAAGGAAAACUCGUGUCGGGUUAGCGAGUACGUGGGCACCUGAGGAGUAGAACCAUGGACCUUGUGAUGCUGUGAACUUUAGCGUUAGUCAUGAUUUUGUACAUGGCGUUAGUCAUGAUUUUUCACAUAUAAAUAAAUUGUUUCACCAUUUGUAUUCGUUUGUUGUUUUGUUGCAAUGGAAGUGAUUUUAGACGUUAUCAUAUCAUGUCAAUUAUUUGCUUAAGCGUCACGAAGCGCUGUACAAUCACGUGAUAUUGGAUGUUAAUUCCCAGAACAUGCAUGUCAUUUUAACACAAUCAAUGUGACUAAUUUUGGCCGUGUCAUGGCCUAUCUAACAUUGCUGCAUUUGAUGCACGACUCCGAAGGUGCUACGCGUAGAGCUGUUCGUUUGGUUGUUGCCCCUUUUAAGAGAGUUUUUUUUCCGGAGAGUGCUUUCUAGGAUCAGGUUGUGGAUAAACGGACACGUGAAAUAAUACGCAGUACGUGUUUUGCAUGUCAACACGAUGAACGUGAGAUUUUAAACGCUUGCGAAUUUUUAUAUUUGCGGACAUGCAGAGUCCUAUUUGGGAAAUCCUAUUUGGUUCGUAAUAUCUUACGGCAUUUAGAGGAACUGUUUGAUCGCGUGCCAACCAAAAUAAUAUACUGUUAUGGCAUAUAUCAAAACGAAUUCGAAGAAAUGUUGCAAUCAAUGCCCAAUUAUGUGAUAUGGUCCAUGGACAUGAUAACUCAUUAGUGUCUCCAUCGUGCUGGUUCCUGAAAACGUGCUCAACCGUUAAUAGCAGAAACAAAAGCUUGCAUGAGACUUCCCUUCCAACAUGAUGCAUCAAGAUAGUUGUCGGAGAUUUUUCAGAGCGUGAGUAUGCCCGACGCUGAGAAACAGAAAUUGUACAAUGCGAACAUGGAAAGUUACCUGAGUUUGAGACGUCAAAAGGACUGUCAAAUACCAACCGUCCGGAUAGCGCCGGAUACAGCACAAGAACCUCAAAAGGGAGAUAAAUGGGGUUUAACGAAUACAAAAUCGAUCGCACUGAGCUAUAACAAUAGCUAUAAUUAGCUUACAGUAAUGUUUAUUUCCCAAACCGGUUUGACAUAUUUUUACAAAUGGCCAAUCACAUGCGAGAUUCAAAUUCUGAAUCUAAUCAAGUGUGGAAGUGGGAUUUGCAACCGAUGUGACCAGAGACUCUCCCUUCUCGCCUCUCGUUAAUUUCGCCUCGCAAAGAGCCUCUGGAACCUGGGUACUACGGUUACUACCGGCAUGUAAAUAGUUCUGACAAUGAUUUUGAAAUAAAGUAGAAUUAUAUAAACUCUUAUUAAAAUAUUUAUCACGAAACUAUAUAGCCUGCGAACAGGCUCUCUUUGAACUCUCUUAUAAAAAAUCUGACCAAAUUAUCACAUCAAAUUUUAUGUCUUGUUUUCGAUUACUCACAUUUUCGAUUUAUAAGAUCAUAGUAAGUUCAUUUUUAUUCUUUACAGUGUUACCUUUUAUAUGAUUAUUAUUUUCCAUACCAUUUUUAACCUGUUCUUAUCCUCUCAUCUUUUUUUCUAGGUUUGACAAAGUGGUCAUUUUCCAUAGCGUUUCAGUUCCUAUUUCACCCAUGUCGUCGAACAGAAAUGAGACAGACAACUUCGAAUGCAUUAUGGAAAUUAUGAAUGUUCCUGUGUUAGAGGGUCUGCGGGAAAUAUUUAAACAGGAAUGGGACAAAAAGUACGGAGCAAUGAAAGGCGUGUGGGACGACACUUGUAUAUUGGGAAAUGAGUUGUUUAAUAUGGAGAAGACAACUCCUGCCGCUAGACCUUAUCUACAAGUAUUCAAGUUUGGAAAUAGAAGUAACUGGGAUAUUUCUGCUUUAUCGUAUGCUAUUCUAUAUUCAAGAGCGCUUAAACCCUAUGUACCUGGACAUGUCAAUAAUAACGUUGACGUAUUAAGAGAUCUCCGAAAUAAACUGACACAUUCCAUUGCACCGCAUUAUAAAAUGUCUGACGUUGCCUUCGAAAACGUUUACAGAAUAAUAAAGAAUUGCUUCAAUGCACUAUCGCUAUCCACUGCGGACGUUGAAAGAGUUAGGAACUCGAGGAGAAGAAGACCUUCACUUCGCCUUAGUUACUUGGCGGGUAUUUGCUUGACAGUAUUUAUUGUUGGGUUAUCCUACUUUUGGGCAAACCCUGUUCGGAAUAAAAUUCUUUUUAGAGUUCUCCCAACCAGACCAGGUCAUUUGAUUGUCAACCGAAGUCGAACUGUCCACGCGAUUCUUGACGAAUUAAGUAAUCUCUCCAUUAGUAAUAAUCGUGCGUUGACCUAUAUGUACAUUUCGGGUCCACAAGGGAGUGGUCGGUCUCAAAUUGCUAGGUUAGUAGGUCAGCACUAUGGUGAAAAUAUCUCCCAUGGGUGGUUUGGUGGCAUUGUAUUUAUAAUGACUAUCAACGGCAGAUCAUUACUUCAUGUCUUGAAUUCAUAUGUAGAGUUUGCAUAUCGCGUGAAUUGUGAUAAAAAUGUCAUUGAUAGAAUUUUAUAUUCUAAUCAAAACAACACUGAAGAAAAAGUAAAGAGCAUUCUCUCAGAAAUUGUAAAGAAGUUGGAAAACGUCAAUAAUAAAUACACUUGUCUGAUGAUAGUACUGAAUGUAUUAAAGCUGAGUGAAAUAUCUCCAUUCCUCCCUCAACUGGAAGAAAAAAGUUGGCAAGGUGGCCAAGUGUUAAUUACCACACAAGACAUAUCAUCUGUGCCAUCAAACGGUUCGUUAACUGUCCAUAUUUCAGUUAGUCAAGGGAUGGAGCCAGCAGAAUCUUGUAAGUUUCUUACGGAUUUCUCAGGGAUUUUUGAAAAUCAAGAUUUAGUAAGUGAAAUAGCCAAGAAAUUAGAUAAUCAACCACUUGCUUUGGUCUCCGCUGCGCUUUACGUCAAACAACUUCGCGACAGCAAGGUACAGAUAACAUGGAAAGAUUAUCUGAAGAAACUCCAUGAGGAGAAACGGAAUUUAACUGAGAUGAAACAAAGUGAAUCUAAGGAGGUCAGUUCUUCAACGGUGUACGCAGCUGUGUCAUUAGCAGUCAGGUGGAUUGGAGAAAACGACUCUGUUAUGAAACACGCGUUUACAUUUCUUUCCUAUGUUUCCCACGAACCAGUACCACUUUACUCUGUCGAAGCCUUCGUCCUUCAUGUCGAUCGAGAUGCUUUCAAUACUGAUCAACGAAUUCAGCAAUGUUCGCUUAUUCUUUCUUUAGAUGAUGGUGAAAUAAUUUCAAUCUCUUUGCAUCCAAUCGUACACAAAAUUAUCAACCUUUAUACUUCACAUUAUGUAAAAGAAGAUAAGAAUCUUCCACGGAUUGUGUUGCAAAUGCUUGUUUUACCUAGAUUGCCAUUCCUAGGUCAAUAUUAUAUAUCUCAUCUCAAAUCGUUUUAUAAGAGAGCAAGUAGUCUUCCAAUGGAUAUGCUGAUUCCAAAGUUAGGUGAUUUAAGACUUAAUAUGUAUAAUCGUCUGUUUUACUUCGCUCGCAUUUUAGAAAAAAAUGACGAAAUAUCUUUAUUCAAGUACUAUCGAGAUCUAUGUUUUCGGAUUUAUUCCGCGACUGACUGACAUGCAGUGGGGUCCUGAACAGAUUGGCCCAAAAAAUAGCUUACUCAACGAUGUUUUUAUACUGUACAGUGUAUUCAUUACAUAACUAGUCUUUAUAUGGAUUUCCCUGUUUUUGUUUUGCCUGGACUGUAAUUAUUUAAAAAUAAUAAAAAUUGUUCUACAUGUAUAUUUUUAUAUUAUCUUAAUAACGCAGAAUUUCAGGCAAAGUAAAUG